AUGACAGUUGAUAAUGAAGGCAUUGCCAUAAACCCAUUGGGUUCAACCAAAUUAUUCCAACCAAUAAAAUUAGGUACUAACACUUUAUCACAAAGAAUAGCAUUUGCUCCAUCAACACGUUAUAGAGCCACCAAAGAUAAUAUUCCUACUGAUUUGCAAUUACAAUAUUAUUCUGAACGUUCUCAAUAUCCUGGAACUUUAAUCAUUACUGAAGCCACUUAUACAUCACGUCAAGGUGGAUUAAGUCCAUUUGUUCCAGGAAUUUAUAAUGAUACUCAAACUAAAAGUUGGAAAAAAAUUAAUAAUGAAAUUCAUGCCAAUAAAAGUUUUAGUUCAAUUCAAUUAUGGUAUUUAGGAAGAGUUGCCAAUCCAAAAGAUUUAAAAAAUGCAAGGUUGUCAUUCGUUGCACCAUCAACAGUUUAUUGGAAUGAAGAAAGUGAAAAAUUGGCUAAAGAAGUUGGUAAUGAAUUACGGGCAUUAACUGAAGAAGAAAUUGAUCAUAUUGUUGAAAUUGAAUAUCCAAAUGCUGCUAAACAUGCUAUUGAAGCAGGAUUUGAUUAUAUUGAAGUACAUUCAGCUCAUGGGUAUUUAUUAGAUCAAUUUUUAAACCUUGCUUCUAACAAGAGAAUUGAUAAAUAUGGUGGUAGUAUUGAAAAUCGUUCUCGAUUAUUAUUAAGAAUUAUUGAUAAAUUAAUUGAUAUAAUUGGUGCUGAUAAAUUAGCUGUUCGUUUAUCACCAUGGGCUACAUUUCAAAAUGUCAAAGUUGAAGGAGAAGAAAUUCACAAAUAUAUUAUUGAUCAAUUACAAGAAAGAGCAAAUUGUGGUAAUGAAUUGGCUUAUAUUUCAUUAGUUGAACCUCGAGUUCAAGCUAGUUGGGAUAUUGCUAAAGAGAAUCAAAUUGGUUCAAAUGAAUUUGUUUUGAAACAUUGGCAAGGGAAAGUAAUUCGGGCAGGUACUUAUGCUCAUGAAUUGAAUAAAAUUAAUGAAGAUAUUAAUAAUGAUCGAACUUUAAUUGCUUUUUCAAGAUUUUUCAUAUCUAAUCCCGAUUUAAUUAAAAGAUUACAUGAUGGGAUUUCUUUAACUCCUUAUGAAAGAGCAACAUUUUAUAAUCAUGAUAAUUAUGGAUACAAUACUUGGCUUAAACAUGGAGAAAAUAAAGUUUUCAAUGAAGAAGAAGAAAGAGGUAGAUUGGGUAAACCAUUAGCUUAG